AUGUCUCAACCCCACGAAGCAACCGACAUCUGGAUCUUCUGGCUCCCCGAAAAGGACCACGACCUCAUCACCUUCAUCCCAACAGCCCAAUACAACGGCGGCCGCGUCCUAACAACCCUCCUCUUCAUCGAAGACAAGUACAGCUCCGUCCGCAUGCAAGAAAACUCGCUAAUCGACAUCAGCGGCUGGAAGCGGCGCCUGCCCCUCGGCGUCUUUCGCGGCGGCCGGGGCUCCGUCGACGAAGUCCACAGGAUCCUCAAGGACUGCGUGGAAGAGUACGACCCGGCCGACGAGCAAUUCUGGUAUCAGCGGCUCUACGAGGACCUCAUUGACGAGAACGGGCGGUACCUGUAUGCCCACGACAUGGAGAAGUAUGUGAUGGAUAUGAAGAGUCUGGUCGCGAUGAUGUUGCUCUUCGGGCAUACGACGUUGCCUGAGAAGUACCGCAACCCCGAGGGGCUGAAGCAGCCGCGGAGAGAAGAGUACCCGCAGGCCAGUGGGUAUGGGUGUAAGUGUGGGUGUGAGUAUUACGGUGCGUAUACAGCGUACACGCAGUAUGCGAGUUACACGCACUUUGAGCCGCAGCAGAAUCACCAGCAGCAGCAGAGGCAUUAUACUUAUACUUACCAGCUGUCCCAGGCGCCGCCGGAGCCGCAGACGCAGCAACAGUAUACUUACCAGUACCAGCAGGCUUCUCAUCAACUGCAAGCACAAGCUCAAGCUCGAGCACCAGCGCCGGAGCCGGAGCCCAGGCGAAAGCACAGCUCAAGCAAGCACAGGUCAAAGACCUCGUGCUCGCAGGGGCCGCCGCCCAUGACAAAGGAGGCUGAAAGGGCCUUUAGGAAGCACAACGAGCAAUCCAAAAAGAAGAAGACGAAAGGUCUGGGCUUUGGCCUAUAUUUUGUCUAA